AUAGGUGAGCGGAUGACGACGUGCGGUGUGGACGUCGGGUCACGUCUCAGUUUAAAGCAAAAAGUCGCCGGGUCAGGAUCGAAGUCAUCCAUCUUGGUCAGGACAUUUACGCAAACAUUAAGACGUGCGUGGAUUAAGUGGUUUUUAAAAAUGUGAUUUGUGAAAUAACAAUAUGUGACGUCAACAAAAUGGCGCAUGUUUGAAGUAUCUAUUUGUAGGAAAUAAUUUUUGUCCGCCCGCGCCGGAACACCUUGGGACUCUGAAGCUGACGCUGAUAUGCUGUUGAUCCGAUAUCUGUGGUUAUUGUUAUGCUACGCACAAUAUGCUCGGGGCAAUCUCAUCGACUUUUAUGAGGAGCUCAAUAACGAGUUCCUCUACCCUCAAGAGAAGACCGAGGAACUACCUAUCGAACUGGAGCCCGACCGGGAAUCUGGUUGUCUCUGCAGAGCUAGCGAGAACAUAAGAAUCAUCGUCUGUUUUGGGAAUUAUGGUUGCAAGAAAUUCCCUAAGGUCACAUUACACAGUGAAAUUUUAAAAGUACGGACCACAGUAAUGGAAGAAAUAGUCAGAGGGGACCUGGACAAUCUCUCACACCUUCAAGUUCUGGAAAUCGAAGCGAAUCAUCAGCUCAAAUACAUUGAACCAGGAGUCUUCCGCAAUUUAACAAACUUGCGCCAACUAUCUAUAUCUUACAACACUCUGCUUCAUACAAUAAACGACAAAAUAUUCGAAGGUCUCGUGAAUCUCCAUAAUUUAACCCUAGUUAAUAAUGGAUUCCACAACAUAAUGCAGCUCACGCCAGCAUUCCACACAAGCUUACUACCUUCGCUCAGAGCUCUGGAUAUAUCUGAAAAUAUUUUCGAAAGUAUCCCAGAAGACGCUUUCCACCCCCUGAGAGGUACAAAUCUGAUGAAACUAGAUCUUUGUUUAUGUAGACUAGACUUUAUACAUAAAAACAGUUUUCUUCCUUUAAGAAAUCUAAAAGAAUUACGAAUAGGUGAAAAUGAUUUAAAUUCUACAAUGAUAAGCAAUUUUCUUGUAAAAAUGAAAGACGAUGGGAUCAAUCUUAUACACCUGGAUCUAUCCGGAAUGGGUUUCAGAAAGCAGCCGCCGCGAAAUCUCAUGAAUAUCAUUGCAACAACGACAAUAAGAAGAUUAAUAUUAGCUAAAAAUCAGUUCGAGUAUAUAUGUGACGAUACGUUUCCUCGGAUGGUAAAUAUAGAGCUACUGGACUUAAGAAAGGUCCUAGUUAUAAACAUAGGACCACAGGCGUUCAAUCCUCAUAAGUUUCCGAAUCUCAAAGUACUGUUGUUGAGCGGCAACAACCUGCCUGGGAUGCAUAAAACUCCAUUAUCGGACCAACUGCUUCUUCUAGACUUGUCUGAUAAUAAAGGUAGUCCGACCAACCCGCUAUAUUACGAUAUAGAUAGAGACACGUUCCUGCAAAGCAAGGAAUUGAAAAUUCUAAAUCUAUCAUUUAAUAGAAUAAAAGCUAUUUUUGAUUAUACAUUCAUAGGCUUGGAAAACCUACAAAUAUUAAGAUUGGAGAACGGGACUUUAUAUCAUAUCGGAGAUGGUAGUUUUAAACCCUUAAAGCGUCUCCAAAUGUUAAACUUAGCCAAUAAUCCAUUAGAAGCUAACAAAAACCUUACAAGCACAAUGUUUGAAGGACUGAAUGAAUUAAAAAUUCUGAUAUUACAAAACUGUGGCAUAAAACGUUUCUACGACGACGACAAUAUAUUUGAAAUGAUGCCGAACCUCACACAUUUAAUACUCAGAAAUAAUCAGAUGUAUUACAUUACUGCUGAAAUUUUGAAACCUCUUAAGCUGCUACAAGUUCUUGACUUGAGUGAAAACCUCCUGAUAUCGUGGUGGAAGCCAUUAUUCUUAGCUUCCGGCGUGAAGCCAAUCAAAUUGUAUUUAACGAAUAACAAAAUAUCACAUUUUUCGAUGAGUAUGAUUUACGAUAUAAGUUAUUUGCUAGAGAACCGAGGCAACCAGACUGUAGAAAUCAAUUUUAUGGACAAUAUAUUUAUUUGCGACUGCAGUUCUAUGUACCAAACUCACCGUUGGCUACAAACUAAUGGAACAGCGCUGCUUAGGCAAUUUUUCUACAAAUCUAACUUCCAAUGCAGCAGUCCCGACGUCUGGGAAGACAAAAGGGUCGCAGACUAUCUGUCCUCAAUAAAGACAUUACAUUGUCUGAUGUAUGAGAAGAUUACUAACGUAAUGGUGCUAGUCUGGACAGCUCCUUCGAUAGUAACAAUAGGUCUAGUUAUCAUAAUAGUGACUAUAACUUAUAAAUAUAGGAUGUACAUACGGUAUUGGCUCUUUCUAGCGAAAAUAGCGUUCGGUAGAAACUUCAAGAAGACUGCACCGAAACCAGAAACAAAAUCGUAUAAAUACGAUGCGUUCGUUUCGUACUGUAACGACGAUAGAGAAUUUGUAAUGGACAUGAUAAAUCAACUAGAGUCUCAACCACCGUACUUGAAGCUGUGUGUGUAUGAGAGGGACUUCGAAAUUGGUUCUUUUAUAUCAGAAUCUGUCAUGAACAGUAUAAAUGAGAGUAAAUAUGUUAUUUUAAUUAUAAGUAAUAGUUUUGCUAAAUCACAGUGGUGUAGGUGGGAGACUCAGCUUGCAGAAUAUCACAGAAUAUUCUUAGAAGAUGGGACGUCGUACGAUCCUCUAGUUUUAAUAAGAGUAGGUGAAGUGCAAAGUAAAUAUUUAACUACAACAUUAAAGUAUUUGUUGAAGACGAAAAUAUAUCAUUUGUGGGACGAAAGUAAUCAAGAAGAAUUUUGGACAAGGUUGAGAAAUGUUUUGAAAAAGAAAGUGUAAAUCGAAUUUCGAUUAAAUGAUGUUUUGUUACUUGAA